AUGGACUAUACCCUUUGCGAGGCUUCCCAGCACAACAUGGAAGGCAUCACCAGGGCCGUCACCUUCUACGAUAUCAACUGUCAAUACAACAAACACUUUCGGGUUCGGGUGGAUCGAAGUCAAUUUCUAGAAAUGGCACCACAACUAACCAUCAUUCCCGGAAUUGGGUUGUGGCAUGUUCAUGGCCAUCAGGACAGCUGCUAUGUCCAAUAUGCGUCUAACUUUAUUGAAGGCAUUGGUUGGAUUGAUGGAGAGAUCAUGGAGAUGCUAUGGGCACAGCUCAAUCUGAUUUCCCCUGCUGCUCGGGGAAUGUCAUCUCCGCACCGAAAGGAAUGCCUUGAUUAUCAGAUGAAUGACUCCAAUUUCUGCAAGAUGAUUCGCAUGAAAAGGACUCUAUGCCGGAAAUACAAGCUGGCGAGGAAUGGCAUCUCGGAAAGUGGAAAGGCAUUCGACAGACUCAAUGAAGCAGCACCCGCACAUUUGAAGACAGAAUGGUUAGCCAGGGAGAGGAUAGCUCAGUCAAGCAGAUUGAAUGAUCCUGCGGCGAUGGAUGAAUAUGAGAUCAAUAUAAAAAAGGCACCGAGCAAAAAGGAGAUCGAGCUUAGAUUAUUAGAGGAGGGUAACGCCCGCAAUGCAGCACCCUGUCGCAGAUCUGUGGCGACAUGGAUAUCAAUGGGGUUGGCAAUUGAAGAGGCUCAGAUUGCAUUGCUUAUCGAGGUCCGAAGAAUCGGAAGAAGAUCCAUGGAGACACAGAGAUUAGACAUCACCCGUCAACACAAUCGGCUCCAAGGCCAGAUAGAUGGAUUCACUCGGUCUGCUCUAACACAUCUCAGGGAGGGAUUUGAUGCAGAUGAUGAACCUGACGACUUGAACGUAGACAUUCUCGAUGAUCUCGAUGAUGACCCGGCAGAUUUCACAGAGACAUCUCAUACAUGGACAAACUCUCCCGAGCUCACUGCCAUCCUGUUCCGAACAACUGUUAGGCAGGCCAAAUCCCAGGCCCUGAAAACUCGAGCUUGGUCCCAGGUGAUGUUGGUGCAGCAGGCAGUCUCCCUCCAUGCCAGCAUAUAUACAAAGACCAGGAAGCAAAUGAUGAAACUUGAGCCGGGGCAAGACCAGCUUCAGAAAUACAAACCCCUGCUUCGCGAGCAACUCAAAAUCAGCACUGCAGUGGGCGACCCAAAUGCCCAAGGUCAACGAAAUGAAUCUUUGGCUUGGUUUUGGUCUGUUGAAGUCAACCUCAGGGGUCCCGAUCAAUCAUGGAAUGAGGAAUCAACCCAAUGGGGCAACCACAUGCAGGAAUCAUUGGAGAAAUGCCUUCCAGGUCAUGGAUGCUAUGCCGGAAGGCAAUCCCAAAUGUAUUCAUUGCUUGCACAGGAUGCACAGGCAGCUUUUCAAGACCUACAGAAUGUGUUGAUAGAGGCUGGAGAUGAAUGA